GCUUAACUAGCACUAUUCGUUUAAAAACCGUGAACCGCGGAGUGCUUUCGCCUAUUCGCCGCGCUUUAUCAUCGUUACGGCGUCAUCUCCCAGUGGCAUUAUUGAGGGUCUGCCAACGUAACUCAAACGGCAAACUGAAAGAUGUCGGGAGGAAUUCCAUCUUUAGCAUUGAAAGAUGAAGAUGUUACGAAGUUUCUUGCUUCCGGUACCCAUAUUGGGGCAACUAAUUUAGAUUUUCAAAUGGAACAGUAUGUCUUCAAAAGAAGAUCAGAUGGUGUUUAUUUAAUAAACUUGAAAAGAACAUGGGAGAAACUCUUGCUUGCAGCCAGAGCCAUUGUUGCUAUUGAAAAUCCUGCUGAUGUAUGUGUCAUCUCUGCUAGACCUUAUGGGCAGCGAGCAGUGCUGAAAUUCGCUUCUGCUACUGGUGCUACACCAAUUGCUGGACGAUUCACUCCUGGAACAUUCACUAAUCAAAUCCAAGCAGCUUUCCGUGAACCUAGGCUUCUUGUUGUAACGGAUCCACGUGUUGAUCAUCAGCCUUUGACAGAAGCUUCUUAUGUGAACAUACCUGUAAUAGCCUUUUGCAAUACAGAUUCACCCCUAAGAUAUGUUGAUAUUUCAAUUCCGUGCAAUAAUAAGGGCUCUCAUUCUAUUGGUUUGAUGUGGUGGAUGCUUGCUCGUGAAGUCCUUAGAAUGCGAGGGACCAUUAGUCGUGAGCUCAAAUGGGAUGUAAUGGUGGAUUUGUAUUUCUACAGAGAUCCUGAAGAAGCUGAAAAGGAAGAACAAGCUGCUGUUCAAGCUGAGAGACCAAUGAAGGAACCAGCUGAAUUUCCAUCUGAACCUUGGGGUGGUGGAGAUGUUACAACUGCACCAGCUGAUGUGUCUGAUUGGGCUGCAGAUCCACCAGCUGUUGGUGGUUACACAGAUACUACUGAUGAUUGGGCUGCAGCGCCAACAGACUGGUCAGCUCCUGCUCCUGUAGCACCAGCUGUUGGAGCUCCUACACCAGCCGCUGGAACUAUUCCUCCUGUAACAAACGACUGGAGUGCAACAGAUGCUAGGUGGCCAUGAGUGUACUUGAUAGAAAAUAAAUGAUUACUUGGACUGAAA